AUGCCUCCCCCCAAACCCUUUAUACAGCCUCCCCAAACCCUUUAUACAGCCCCCAAACCCUCUACACAGCCCCCCAAACCCUCUACACAGCCCCCCAAACCCUUUAUACAGCCUCCCCAAACCCUUUAUACAGCCCCCAAACCCUCUACACAGCCCCCCAAACCCUCUACACAGCCCCGCAAACCCUCUACACGCAAACCCUCUACACAGCCCCGCAAACCCUCUACACAGCCCCGCAAACCCUUACACAGCCCCCCAAACCCUCUACACAGCCCCCCAAACCCUCUACACAGCCCCCCAAACCCUCUACACAGCCUCCCCAAACCCUCUACACAGCCUCCCCAAACCCUCUACACAGCCCCCCAAACCCUCUACACAGCCCCCCCAAACCCUCUACACAGCCUCCCCAAACCCUCUACACAGCCCCCCAAACCCUCUACACAGCCUCCCCAAACCCUCUACACAGCCUCCCCAAACCCUCUACACAGCCCCCCAAACCCUCUACACAGCCCCCCAAACCCUCUACACAGCCCCGCAAACCCUCUACACAGCCUCCCCAAACCCUCUACACAGCCCCCCAAACCCUCUACACAGCCCUGCAAACCCUCUACACAGCCUCCCCAAACCCUCUACACAGCCUCCCCAAACCCUCUACACAGCCCCCCAAACCCUUACACAGCCCCCCAAACCCUUACACAGCCCCCCAAACCCUCUACACAGCCCUGCAAACCCUCUACACAGCCCCGCAAACUCUCUACACAGCCCCCCAAACCCUCUACACAGCCCCCCAAACUCUCUACACAGCCCCCCAAACCCUCUACACAGCCACCCAAACCCUCUACACAGCCCCCCAAACCCUCUACACAGCCCCCCAAACCCUCUACACAGCCCCCCCAAACCCUCUACACAGCCCCGCAAACCCUUACACAGCCCCCCAAACCCUCUACACAGCCCCCCAAACCCUUACACAGCCCCCCAAACCCUCUACACAGCCUCCCCAAACCCCCCAAACCCUCUACGCAGCCCCCAAACCCUUACACAGCCCCCCAAACCCUUACACAGCACCCCAAACCCUCUACACAGCCCCCCAAACCCUCUACACAGCCCCCCAAACCCUUACACAGCCCCCCAAACCCUCUACACAGCCUCCCCAAACCCUUUAUACAGCCCCCCAAACCCUCUACACAGCCCCCCAAACCCUCUACACAGCCUCCCCAAAUUCUCAACACAGUCUCCCUAAACUAG